UAUAACAACAUGAAUAAAAACAUAAUAUUUUUUGUUGCUUUUAUUUUUGUGGAAACUAAUACGAUUUUAGCAGUUGACGUAUCAGAAUGUAAUGACGAUAUACCCAAACCAGUAAAUGUGGACGUUAAAGGUUGUACUCAAGAGCCAUGUUCUCUACCAAGGGGUGAAAGUAUUACAGUGAAUAUUACUUUUGUUGUGCCUUAUAAUUCAGAUAUAUUAUGGGCAAAAGUAAAUCCAAUUGUUUUUGGAAUACCAUCAGUAUUUGAAUUACCAGAUCCAAAUGUAUGUAAUGCUUUAUUAAAUGGAUAUUGUCCGGUUGAUCAAAAUGAAUUAUUAACAUAUCGUUUGGAAAUGCCUGUACUUUCAACUUAUCCAAAGAUCUCUCUGAGUAUCAAAUUUUCAAUUGAAGAUGAAAAU